UUUUGACAAAAUAGAAAUUUCUAAAGUCCUAUCUGUCACGUGUUGGUUUGGACUUUUUUAUUUUCAUUAAAAUCUGUUUUACUAAAGUUUAGAAUGAUAAUAAUCUUACCAAUUGGAAAAUUUAAUGUUGAUAAUUUGAUUCGUUUUACAAUAACAUUAUUUGUAAAUUUCAUGGUUUUAUUGUCAAAGGAUCAAAUUGUAGAGGGGAGUGAUGCGAGCCCUGCUCAGUUUCCAUCACAGGUAUCCCUUCGCUUUGGAACUUUGGGUCAUUAUUGUGGUGGUAGCUUAUUGACCUUGAAUGACGUUUUAACUGCCGCGCACUGUGCUUCAUAUGGCAUAAGGAUGAUGCGUAGAUACGUUGUGGUAGUUGCCGGUGAGGUGAAAAGCGAAAAGAAGAAUAGUUUAUCUAGGCAAGAAUCUACAGUAAAAAGUGUGGCUGUCCACCCCCUAUAUGAUUGCAAGAGUUUCAAAAAUGAUAUAGCAAUUAUAAAGUCGAAUGAUCAAUUUAAUGAGACGAGCUAUGUAAAACCGUUGCCAAGGAUUUCGUCGAAGCCGGAAAUCGGUCAGGAAUGUUAUGUUGUUGGAUGGGGAUCCGCAGACCCUACUCUGAUGGGAGAAAUAGCUGAAACGCUCCAAUAUACCUUGGUGGGUAUCAAACAUGGAUUUGCUUGUGAUUCAUUCGACAAAAAACAGCCAUAUUUUGUGGAAGAAAUGAUCUGUGCUGAAGCUUUAACGAAACGAGGAGUUUGCAUGGGUGAUUCUGGAGGCCCCCUUAUUUGCGCCAAUAAGAUAGCCGGAGUUAUAUCUUCAAGCUACUUUUCAUGCAUGGUAAAGGGAAGCGCGGGUCGAUUCACUAAUGUUGCGUAUUAUAAUAAAUUUAUCGAUUCUAUAAUUGAUUGGGAAGGUUCAGGAUCACCGCCAUAUAACAAAAUGAUGCAAUUUACUCGGAAUGAAGGUUCUACGAAAUUCAAAACUUCAAAACGCAAUAUUUUAUUCACUAUGCCAUUGUUAUUGUUUCAAAUUACUGACACAUGUUCGUUUUAUUUCCAAUGGGAUACUUUCCUUUAAAGUUGGUCAUAAUAUUCAUGAACGCUUUUGAAAUAAAUAAAAUCGUCAGUUUCCUA